GAAAACUCAUUUGCGCAACAUUUGUUAUCUUUUAUAUCAGUGAUAAGCGAGAGCAUAAGGACAGAGAUAUUCUUUCAGAUUCAUUUUUAGUGCCUUUACAUUAAAAUAGUUUAAAUUCGAACACGAUGUCGGAAGCAAAAGAUAUUGAGGAAUAUUUUGAAAUCGCUAAGGAAUUAACUCUAAAAGCUGGCGAGGUCAUAAAAACUGCCUUCAACACGGAAAAAUCGUUUCAAUUAAAAACAAGGAUCAACGACUUAAUUACCGAAUAUGAUAAGAGAGUCGAGGACAUACUCAUUGGCGAAUUGUCGAAAAAAUUUCCAAAUCACAAAUUUAUUGGAGAAGAAUCUGUGGACGAAAUUCCGGAACUAACGAACGAUCCAACAUGGAUAAUUGAUCCAAUUGAUGGUACAACUAAUUUUGUUCACUCCUAUCCUGAAUCCUGUAUUUCCCUGGCGUUGACAAUUUCUAAAGAAUUGGUCAUUGGAAUAAUCUACAAUCCAGUUAAUGGCGAUCUCUACACUGCACAAAAAAAUAAAGGUUCAUUUUUAAAUGGAAACAAAAUAAAAACCUCAUCUACAACUGAAUUAACCACGUCCCUAGUGUCAACGGAUCCUGGUUUAUUUCACGAAGGAUUGAAAAAUAGAGAUUUAUACGUCGAGAGAUUGAAAGCAUUUGCGACAUCAACUCAUGGAAUAAGAUCCAAUGGAUCUGCAGCAUUAACAUUAGCUUACGUUGCCAGAGGGAUUGUCGAUAUUUAUCAAAUGCAAUUAUUAAAACCUUGGGACGUCGCGGCAGGCACAUUAAUCCUACAAGAAGCCGGAGGUGUGAUAACUGAUCAAAAAGGUCAACCUUUCAAUAUAAUGCAGUCACAAUUAGGAUUACUUGCUACAUCGAAUCAUCAACUUCACGAGAAAACGAUAAAACUCAUAAUCGACACUGAUCUCAAGACACAACGACAAAGACUCAAAAGAACAUAAAAAUUUAAAUUCCCCCAAAAAGACAGUCACUGAAAAUUGUAACAAAAUUUUAAUCAAUUUCUUGUCAAUACCAGAAACACUCAAAAAUAUCCAAUUAACAAAAAAUUAACCUUUUGCAAAA